AUGGCAUUAUCGAUAGCCUUGCCUUUAUCUGGUCUAGAGCCUGAACAUUUUGCCUCUAUAGGGGCAAGAAUUUUGUACGAACGAGGUUUGAGAAUUUUGUCUGGCAAUCCACCGAUUUCACCGAGUACCGCGAGUGAAUCAAGUGGAAUCUCCAGUUUCAUACCCUCCACCACCGAAUCAUCAACACCCGAUGAAACGCCAAUUUCAUCAAGACCGGAUUCACCCGCCGAGGAAACGAUCAAGAAGGAGGAAGAACAAACAAAGGAAGAGAAGUUACCGCUCCGAAUCUAUUAUAGGCAACGCGACAUAUUGAAUUUAGGAGCGAAUCUCAGAGAGCCGUUCUGGCAAAUGAGAGUUCCAACGAUGCCACGAUACGAUUUCAAAAGUUUCGUAGAGAAUAGGUCGGUGUAUUAUCGGUUAGGCGAAUUCGGAUUAACGGAAGAUUAUCCAACGAGAAUAUGCACAGAUUGUGGGUUCUGCGAACCAUCGCCAUACCUGUUUUAA